AUGACAAAAAACAGUGGAAUGGACAACGAAAGGACAGUGACAAAUUCUUAUGAAGCUCAUGCAAGCAAAGACCUGGAAGAGCAAUUGCGGUCUGUGUCCAGUGUGGAUGAACUCAUGACAGUACUUUACCCAGAAUACUGGAAAAUGUUCAAAUGUCAAUUGAGGAAAGGAGGUUGGCAACACAACAGGGAACACUCCAGCUUUGACACAAGAUCAGAUGAUUCACUGAAAUUUGCUGCAGCACACUAUAAUGCAGAGAUCCUGAAAAGUAUUGAUACUGAAUGGAGAAAAACUCAGUGCAUGCCACGUGAAGUGUGUGUGGAUGUGGGAAAAGAGUUUGGAGCAACUACAAACACCUUCUUUAAACCCCCAUGUGUAUCCACCUACAGAUGUGGAGGUUGCUGCAAUAGUGAAGGACUCCAGUGUAUGAAUAUCAGCACAAAUUACAUCAGCAAGACAUUGUUCGAGAUCACAGUGCCUCUCUCUCAUGGCCCCAAACCUGUAACCGUCAGCUUUGCCAAUCACACCUCCUGCCGAUGCAUGUCCAAGCUGGAUGUUUACAGACAAGUUCAUUCUAUCAUAAGACGUUCCUUGCCAGCAACACAAACUCAAUGUCAUGUGGCAAACAAGACCUGUCCGAAAAAUCAUAUCUGGAAUAAUCAAAUUUGCAGAUGUUUGGCACAACAUGAUUUUGGUUUCUCUUCUCACCUUGGAGAUUCUGACACGUCUGAAGGAUUUCAUAUUUGUGGACCAAACAAAGAGCUGGAUGAAGAAACCUGUCAAUGUGUCUGCAAAGGAGGCGUGCGACCUUCAAGCUGUGGACCUCACAAAGAAUUAGACAGAUCAUCAUGUCAGUGCAUGUGCAAAAACAAACUUCUCCCCACUUCCUGUGGGCCCAACAAGGAAUUUGAUGAAGAUAAGUGCCAGUGUGUAUGUAAAAAGACCUGUCCUAAACAUCAGCCACUAAAUCCUGCGAAAUGCAUCUGUGAAUGUAUAGAAUCUCCCAAUAAAUGCUUCUUAAAAGGAAAAAGGUUCCAUCACCAGACAUGCAGUUGUUACAGACCGCCGUGUACAGUCCGAACGAAACGCUGUGACGCUGGAUUUUAUUUUAGUGAAGAAGUGUGCCGCUGUGUACCCACAUAUUGGAAAAGACCACUUAUGAAUUAGUGAAGAGAGCACUGCUUGCUAUUUUGGUGUACAUUUUUCCAUUAGAAAAAAAGAACAAGAGAGACUUUGCUAAUAUUUGGAAUUAAAUGUUCACCAGAGACCCUGUGGGGCUUUCAGAGACAGACGCAUUGUGCUUUUCUCAAGAUGGGGAAAGCAAAUGUAGAAAAUAUCUGGGGUUCAUGUUUUGUAAAGAACUCAAUGAGGACUUAUUUUCUGCCAAUGACCAAACAGCCUAGGUUCUCCUUCUUGUGAUUUUUUUUUUAAAGAGAUAAUGACUAUAUAAUUUAUUUCCACUAAAACCAUUGUGCAGCAUUUCUGUUUAUAGCAGUAACAAUUGUUAAAGCUCACUGUGAUCAAUAUUUUUAUAUCAUGCAAAGUAUGUUUAAAAUAAAAUGGAAAUUGUAUUAUAUAAUGGUGAGAA